CAUGACCGUGUUAGUAUUGAAUUUCCACCAUCGAAAUCCGGACAUGUACGAUAUGCCCAAUUGGAUUCGAAAAGUUAUUUGCGAGUGGUUGGCAUGGAUUUUACGCAUGUCAAGACCAGGAAAAGAUAUAUCUAGGGAAUUUCUUCUUCGAAAAGCAAGAAUGAGAGAACUGGAGAGCAGACAUCCUCCCAGUUUAAGCUUAUUAUCGAAUGUAAAAGAUGUCGAUAACGCUAUACCAUUGAACGACUUCCCUCCACUUCGUUCCAUUCGAGUAGAUGACGGAGGUUUUACAUCAGUUCGAAACGAAUUGUUGGCUAUACUCAACGAAUUGAGAUACAUUACUCACAAGAUUAAAGAGGAUUCGGAAGCUUCCGAAGAGAUUAACGAUUGGAAAUUUGCCGCUAUGGUUAUCGACAGGUUGUGCCUGUGGGUAUCGGCCCUAUAUAUGGGUAUUACGACAGCGGCUAUAUUCUUUUCAGCACCGCAUCUAGUUAGUUAA